AUGCCACCCACCGGUCCGUGGACACUCAAGAACGGAAAGGUUCCAGGUCAGGACUCUUGGCGUCGUGCCCGCGAGCUGAAACCCAACAGCCACGUUAGGUUUACACCUGGUGAUACGCUCGAAGGUAACGGGAUUGACCUUCGCAGCAUCCUGCAAAAAAAAGAUGUGGGCUUCGCCGACAGUCAUGAAGCCCGAUCAAUCUUCAGCCCGCAGGAUUACGGGUUUGAACAGGAUCCAAACAUUAUAUGGAUCCAGAACCCAACCAGGACCUUUAAAGACGAGCAGGGAGCACAAUUCAGCCAAUUACAGUCCAUCAUCCGGGACCGCCUUCGCAACUUGAACUACGACUACGCUGUGGUGCGGGCCGAUCCCCACUGCACUCAGAACUAG